GAGAAAAGAAAAGGACACUUUGAGGAAACUCUUUUUUUUACUCCCAUUUUUUAAAGUGGGACUUUUUGAAGGAUAUGAAUUAGAGGCUCGAGAGGAAGAAGGAUGCGGACCGCGCGUUGUCACGUGGCCGCUCAGCUGCUCCUCUUCGCGGCGGUGCUCACCGGGCGGUGCGCCGGGAAAGGAACCUUCUACGGGGGACACGUCAACCCGUUCUACGGGAACCGGUACCACCUGUACAAGGCGGGACUCCAUCCGCACCAGCCCCCCAACAAGCCCAUGACGCGCCACAAAAACCACUGUGCCUUCGUGGUCCAGAGGAACGUCUCAUGCACCGUGCAGGACGGAGUGGCCUCCUACGUGAAGGCCGAGUACACCACCAAGUGCAUCUGGGGCCAGAAGUGCCCCGUCGUCAUGUACAGGACCUGUCACAAGCCCAAGUACAAGGUGGGGUACAAGUCAGUGACGGAGCUGGAAUGGAGGUGUUGCCCCGGUUACUCCGGAGAGAACUGCCACGACGGACCCACGCCGCUGCCUGACGUCAUGAUGCCGCCCUUCAAAGGCGGGGGGGCCCCCCACCGCCCGGGGACGAAGGGCUUCCCCCAAUGGCCCCCCGUGGACCAGAGGCCCGGAGGAGGCCAGCUGGAGUCCGGCAGGCCGAUCCCCGGUGUCCCCACGGGGCAUCUGCCCGCCGGGAACGCAAAGCCAAACUACGGAAACCACCUGGGUGUGUCGGGAGUGACCGGGGAGCGCUUGGACCGCAUGGAGGAGGACCUGCGGCGCCUCGGCCAGGGCCUGGACACCCUGAGCGGGGCGGUGGCCGCCCUCGAGGAGCGCCAGCGCACCUCCCUGAGCGGGGACACCAACGCCGUCCUGGGGUCCCUGAUGCCCAGCGCGGCGCCUCGCCCGCGGGACGCCGCGGUGGGAUUUGGCCUGAUCCCCGAGGGGGGGGAGAGCUUCGCCGGAUUCGGGGACUUAGCCGGACGGGUGACGGAGGUGAAGGACGAGCUGCGAGCCAAAACGCACGUGUUGGAGGAGAUCCAGGGCAUGGUCCUGGGUCACGACGGGCAGCUGAAGAGGCUGCAGGAAGGAGCGUGGGGCCGCCCCGCCUUCCACCCGGGCUCCGUGCUCCACCUGGAGGAGGUCCUGGACGCCCGGCUGGCCGACGUGCGCGCCGAGAUGCUGGACGGCUUCGAGCGGCGCCUCGCCGGCCUGGAGAGCCACUGCGACGAGAAGAUCGUGGCGGUGCAGAGCCAGUGCCACCGGGAGCAGUUGGACGGCCGGCAGCAGAUGCAGCAGUCCCUGGACGGGCGGGAGAGCGGCAUCCGGGAGGAGCUGGGCUCCCUGCAGGCUCAGAUCCAGGGCCUGACGCUCACCGAGAGCUGCUGUGGACAGGUGGACAGUCUGUCCCAGCGCGUGCUGCGCCUGGAGGAGUCCGUCAAAGGUCUGACGGAGUCCCAGCGGCAGCUCCAGACCGCCCUCGCCGACCAGAGCAUACACGUGGAGACGCUGAUCGAGACCCGCCUGGUGGACAUAGAGGUCCGCCUCAACGCGACGGAGGGCGGAGCCGACGGGGCGCCGGGUCUCCUCGGAGGCCUGGACGCCUUCAAGACCCGUGUGGAGGACAAGUUGAGGACCCUGGAGGAGAGGGUGUUCGUGGCGGUGGAGCAGCUGAGCAACGCCACCGCCCCGGCGCUGCUGGAGGGCCAGGUGGUCCCGGCGCUCGAGACGGAGAUCGACUCUGUGCGGAGGAGGGUGGAGGGAGGCCUGGACGGAAUUCAGAAACAGCUGACGGACCUGGAGCUCCUUUGCACCUCCUCCUGCUCACCGUCCGGCCCGCCAGCAGGGGGCGCCGGCGUCGACGGAGUGGAGGAGGGGUGCGAGGGCGUGGCCAGGGAGACCACGGAGCGCCUCGACUCCCAUUCCCACCAGCUGGACCACCUCAACAGCACCCUGAAGAACCUGGUGCUCCACCUGGCCCAGGAAGAGACGCAGGGCGCCGUGCAGGGGGAGAUCACCCUGCUGAAGGUCAACAUCAACUCGGUGAACCGGACCCUGAAGGGCCUGAAGGACUCGCUCCGCUUCAUCGCCAGCGAGGUGGGCCACGCCAACGCGUCCUGGGAGCAGAGGGAGCACCACAUCGUCGACCAGGUGCAGGGCAUCACCAGGCUGGUGGGCCACCAGGCCUCCCUGCUGGGGGCCGGGGAGCGGCGGCUGGCCCAGCUGAAGGAGGAGCUGGUGGCCCUGAGGAGGCGGCUGGCCGGCGAGCUGCGGGGGUGCCGCAGCGCCGCCGUGGAGGUGCAGAGGGAGGUGAAGGACGUGGACAGCAGGGUGAGCAGCGUGGAGGGCCAGUGCGGCAGCCUGGGGGAGCUGGCGGAGCACCUGGAGAGGAUCCGGGCGGAGCUGGAGAGGCACUCGGACUCCUACCUGGCCGACGGGAACGGCACCCUGGCCGCGCGCGAGCAGCAGCAGCAGCUGAAGGGCGGGGCCACGGACUACGGCGAGGAGCCGGCCAACCAGAAAGGAGACCAGUAGCACCUGAACUACAGAAAGAGACUUCGUCUGCUUCUCUCUGUGUCUCUGUGUCUCUGUGUCUCGCUCGCUGUCCCAUCAAAUGCAACACCCCCCCACCCCUCCCCCCUCCAGAUGU